UUCUAAUCGUGCACGCGCCCAGUUCAUGAACGUCAAGAUGGCUGCCCACACUGCUGUGCUGUCGAUGUCCAAAAUCUUUAAUCCCUUCUGGGGUGGACGCCUUGGAAAUACGGUCAAAGUAUUUGGAACAUCUCUGACAAAUCACAGGAAUAAGACCGGAAAUAGUAGAGACGACAUUCCCCCUCCUGCAAAGUAUGGAGGCAGACACACGGUGACCCUCAUACCUGGAGAUGGAAUCGGUCCAGAGCUGCUCAAUCAUGUCAGAGAGGUUUUCAGGUUCAGCUGUGUCCCGGUGGACUUUGAGGUGGUGCACGUCAACUCUGCUGUGGAGACGGAGGAUGAUAUCAACGACGCCAUCACUGCCAUUCGCCGUAAUGGGGUUGCCCUCAAAGGUAACAUAGAAACCAAACAUACCAUGGCGCCAUCUGUCAAAUCCAGAAAUAAUCUCCUACGCACAAGCUUAGAUCUGUAUGCCAAUGUGAUGCACUGCCAGUCGCUCCCCGGAGUUCAAACUCGCCACAAGAACAUCGACAUCAUGAUCAUCCGGGAGAACACGGAGGGAGAGUACAGCAGUCUGGAGCACGAGAGUGUAUCAGGUGUAGUGGAGAGUCUCAAGAUCAUCACCAGGGUCAACUCCUUGAGGAUUGCCGAAUAUGCCUUCCAACUGGCCAGGGAGAAGGGUCGUAAAAGGGUCACUGCCGUACACAAGGCUAACAUCAUGAAGCUUGGUGAUGGCUUGUUCCUGGAGUGUUGCAGGGAAGUGGCUUCUGGUUACCCGGACAUCACGUUUGACAGCAUGAUUGUGGACAACACCACCAUGCAGCUGGUGUCCAAGCCCCAGCAGUUUGACGUGAUGGUGAUGCCCAAUCUGUACGGCAACGUGGUGAGCAACGUGUGCGCAGGCCUGGUGGGAGGGCCUGGCCUCGUGCCCGGGGCUAACUACGGCCGGGACUAUGCCGUCUUUGAAACGGCCACAAGGAACACAGGGAAGAGUAUUGCGCAGAGGAACAUUGCUAACCCCACUGCCAUGCUGCUAGCCAGCUGCAUGAUGCUGGACCACCUUAAGCUUUAUGACUACGCCACUCUGAUCCGAAAUGCAAUCCUCACUACUAUGAAUGAAACCAGGUUGCACACAGCUGAUAUUGGGGGUCAGGGCACCACGUCAGAUGUGGUCCAGUCCAUCAUGAGGAUCAUCCAUAGUACAGGGCCGCUCACAUCUGCGCUGUAAACACAGACACACACACACACACACACUCAGUGUGAGUUUGAACAGGUUAUCCAUGCAUGUCUGUUGCCAUAGCGCUGGGUCUUUUUACUGACAUCAGAAUGUUUCCUAUUUUUUUGUCGUUCACAAAGCUUACUGAUAACUGUCCAAACAACCUUUUAUCCACAACUGUGUGUUUCACAUAUAGUAAUGACCUUCGCAAGACUUAUUAACAAACGGUUUACCAUUGAUCAAAUGCCAUCAUCACUCCCAUCAGAUGAUAAAUCCUGCUGUAAGGACAUUUCCUGAGUUCAUCAGGUUCAUUCAGUUGAAAAUCUGUAGUCUUACAAAUUGUUAGGAAACAUGAAAAUGACUCUUGCUGUGGCCUGACAGAUGCUGGGGUCAGAAAUAUUUAAAAUAUCCUGAUAUGACCAUGCAUUUUCCACUCAUUAUUUAUUUUCCAAAUUCCGAUGAUGUUACAGCCUUUUUAUUCAACAAAAAAGUGCUAUGUUCAUUUAAUGCCUUUUUUUUUUUUUUGUCAUACUGUAACUUAAAUAUUGGGUUGCCUGUUAUAAAUGUCCUGUGUGUUGACAUCAGUUCAACUGUACUUAAUAAAUGAUGUCGCUAUUUGAUAUACUGCAGAGUUCAUUAAGGAAUGUAAGUUUGGGUCAUCACAAAAAAUACGCUGUUGUCUUUUAGUCUAACUCGGCAAGAGCUCUUAAAGCUGGAUAUGAAGAGACUUAUUUUAUCAUAUCUGUGGGCGGUUAUGUACACUGUAUAACACAAAUAUUAUCAAUAAAGAAAUAAUCUACCAUA